GAAGGCAGGAGGAGCCAGGAACCUGGGGGCGGGGCCUCUCAAGGAACCUGCACACGUGUACCACCAGCAGCAGCACCACCACCUUCUUUUCCUGCUAUUGGCUGAAGGCCCAGGUGAGCCCCCAGGAAACUAAAGCCCUUGCUGAAAUGAGCCGGCCCCAGACUUGCCUUUGAAAUGGCCAAAUGCUUCUGACACAGAUGGGCUAGUUAACAGGUCCGCGAAUGAGUGCCAGCUACCGGUCCCUGGACGCAGGAGUUUCUGCUAGCAAACACAGUCCAGCAAAGCUGCCGCUGUGAACGACCAGAGCGGGGUUAAUGAGGGUCCUAGAGGUGGCCAGUGCCCUUCCCAGGUCGGCUCCGAGAAGCAUUAGGACUCCAUAGGGAGCAAGUAAGCUAACAGUUUGGACAGCUGUUGCAGAAGCUGAAGACCCUGGCUGGGAAACGUGAGUCAAUUCAGUGGGGAAUCGCGCGCACGGCUGGAAUCAGGAUCAGGCCCAGUUGGAGUUGCUCUUCCCCAUGUCAACUGAGGAACACCUGGACCCGAUCCCUGACAGCUUCAUCCUGCAGCCACCGGUCUUCCACCCUGUGAUUCCUUAUGUCACAACAAUUUUUGGUGGCCUGUAUGCAGGCAAGAUGGUCAUGCUGCAGGGUGUGGUCCCUCGCCAUGCACGGAGGUUUCAGGUGGACUUCCAGUGUGGGUGCUGCCUGCAUCCUCGGCCAGAUGUCGCCUUCCACUUCAACCCUCGCUUCUACACUGUCAAGCCCCAUGUCAUCUGCAACACCCUCCAAGGUGGACUCUGGCAGAAAGAGGUCCGGUGGCCAGGAAUCGCCCUGCAGAAAGGGGCUAGCUUCCUCAUCCUCUUUCUCUUUGACAAUGAAGAGGUGAAGGUGAGUGUGAACGGACAGCACUUUCUUCACUACCGCUAUCGGCUCCCACUGUCACGGGUGGAUACUCUUGAUAUAUCCGGCGACAUCUUGGUAAAGGCUGUUGGAUUCCUGAACAUCAAUCCAUUCGUGGAGGGUAGCAGAGAGUAUCCAGUUGGAUAUCCCCUCCUGCUGUAUAGCCCCAGGCUGGAGGUGCCCUGCUCUCGAGCUCUUCCUCGGGGUCUCUGGCCUGGGCAAGUCAUUGUAGUUCGAGGACUGGUCUUGAAAGAGCCAAAAGAUUUCACCCUGAGCCUGAGGGAUGGGGCCACCCAUGUUCCUGUGACACUCAGGGCUUCCUUCACAGACAGAACACUGGCCUGGGUCUCCUCCUGGGGACGAAAGAAGCUGAUCUCAGCCCCCUUCCUCUUUUAUCCCCAGCGAUUCUUCGAGGUUCUGCUUUUGUGCCAAGAGGGAGGGCUGAAGCUGGCACUGAAUGGGCAGGGGCUGGGGGCCACCAGCCUGGAUCAGAAAGCCCUGGAGCAGCUGCGGGAGCUCAGGAUCAGUGGAAGUGUCCAUCUCUACUGUGUCCACUGCUAAGGGCUCUGAGCACCUCAGCCAGAGAAGGGGAAGGACAGCUGCGACCAGGGCUCCACAGUUACAGCCCCACCCUGCCCUUCUCACUGGAGAACUUGCCCUGGCAUCACUGUUUCAGGCCUAGUUCACAUCUGGGUCACAUCUGAAUCUAAAAGGAGACACACACACACACACACACACACACACACACACACACACACACACUUAUUGCAUUUUAAUCUACCGAUUCUGAAAAUAAGGGCCCAGGUCAAUGUGUCUCUGCACCCAUCUUCCACAUUCAAAUUCUGUCUUGGUCUUCAUUCCAACACUCUGUGGUGACAUGGAGCUGAAACUCUAUCUGGGCCCAGCCACUGAGAAGGCAAAUAGAGUGUGAAUAAAAUGUGCCCCAAAUCUGUGAUCAACACACACCGUCCACACCCACCUUUCCGUCUGCACUCAUGCUAUCUACAGUCACUCACUAGAUUGUGAAGCCUUUGCCCAAAGUGAACAAAUAUCACAGCUGCUUUCAUGGUUUUGGUCAAAGGGAACCAGCCACAUCCCAGAAAAACACACUGAUAAUGCGGCCACAUUCUGGUCA